GCAUUUCAUUUAAUUUUUGCUUUUGGAUUGGAACAAUAUCUUUUCCAAAAGACCACAGCUGUUAAGCCUCCAAAUCCUGUGGCAGAAAAGCUUGGAAUGGAAUGGUUUUGCUUGUGUUCAGCUUCAUGUAAUGACACCUGCCUUUCUCUCUGCUUGAGCUCUCUGCUUUGAACUGCAGGUUCCCUGGUGGGAAUCAUAACAUCCGUAUAUAUACUUACUGGUGCUUAAAUGAAAGCAUAUGCAGUGGCUGUUUUAUUUGUAAAUUAGGUUGUUGUCUUUUCAGUGUAUCUUUAUUAGAAGUGCCUGCUAUCAUUCAGACAUGCUCAUCCCAGGACCUCGGCAUCCAGAAUGCGGUGCUACUUUUUCUCAAGCCUUUGUUUAUGCCAAAUUAUUUAAAGCAAAAAUAAUAAAAAGGGAGAAUCUCUUUUUAGAUUUAGCCUUUGUUGAAAAGUGCUGCCAGAAAUCCUGCAUUUUAUCUGAGCUGGCUUUGUGUAAUGGCUUCUCAGUGGUAUUAUCGUGGCGGCAGGGAAGCAGAUGUGAUCAAGUGCAAGUGACAUUUGUGUUAAGUUACCCUGUACAUACCCAAAGACUUUAGAGCUGGAUAACUUCUGGGCUGUAAGGUCAGUAUCCCCCUCCCCAGAUUAGUGAUCUGCAUGGAAUUUUUCUGCUUAAUCUCCAUGGAGGCUGGUCUAAAGAGUACGUUGUGAGGGUGUUUCAUUCUCUGCCGCUGAAGAUGCAGAGUGGAUGUUCUGCAGUUGUUGGCAUUUUCCCUGUGGAGAGGUGAGUUAUGAGGAUUGCUUCACUUGAAUGCCCCUUAGGGCAGGUAAACCCUGUUGAUAUGUCUGUGUGGUAGGGUGAGCCAGAAAAAGAUUGUGAUGUUUCUUGACUUUUGUGGAUGGACAAAAAGUGAGAGUCUCACAAAUAAACAAAGACUGUUCUGCCUCUGAGCUUGUCAGGCUUUUGAGCUGAAUAAAUAAGUGCUGUUUUGCAUUAAGUAGAGCAGAUGUUGCUGCAUGAGGACACAAUUCUCUAUCUUGAGGAAGGUGGGCUUGAGUUUAUCUUGGUGAACUAAGCAAAUUCAGGUUGUGUGGCCUCAUCCUGCAUCCUUAAGACGCCAUCGUUACGCAUGCUGAAUUAUUUAUACUCUUCAUUUUCUAGGAAUGCUAAGUUUGUAGGUGAAAUCCAGAAAAAGCAAAGAGACUGUGUUGCUGAAGGUGGUAUCUGCCUUACGGUCUUUCUUGCUGGGGUGGCUGAGUGUAGCGGUAGGAGCUGUAUUUGGUAGGUGUUGCUAUGAAUUGUGAAAAAUACUAUGCCAUGUUGUGGUGGUUUGUGUCGGUGCUAUGUCUGGAGAAUAUAAAGGCACUUCAGAGUGAGCAUUUAAAGGGAUAUUGCUUUGUUAAGACAAAAUGCUAGCACUCUGUGACCUCAAAACGGGGAACACGUCAUCCACGGAGUAAAACAAAAGAGAUGUGCUCCCAUGUGUAGUAAAAUGAGGAACAACUCUACAAUUGCUUCCUGCUCCAAAUAUGGCACUGAAAAAGCAGUAAUAACUUACGAGGCUUGAAACUGCUAAUGAGUUUGACCUGCUUACGUUAAAUUUUAAAUUCUUGCUCUAGAUUCUUUUCUAGAGGAGUCCCUCUCCUUUCUCUGAUGGAGACUAAUUUUUCAGGGGCUAAAGUCUGCUGCUGUUCCGUUUCUACAUGUGUUCAUGCAAGUGUGGGAGCCCGAAACACAGCAGCGUUAGUGCUGAAACCAAGCAGAGGUAUUCAUAAUCUCGAAGGUGAAAAGCACACUCGGGAUAACAAAUGUAUUUGUCUCUUUAAUAAGUUUUUAGGAAUUCUUUUCCUCUGUCUUUUCCCUCCCCCAGGCAGAAGGGAAUUCAGGAAGAUGGGAUUACCGUGUGAUAAAGCUUACUGUGUGAUAAAGCUGACCCGUUGUACUGCCUUUCAGCAUUUUCUUUAUCUCAUUUUCAGGGAAGGAACUCCCUCCUCCUUUACUUAAGUCUGUCCCUAUCCUUGCUCUUUUGAUGGGUUUAUACAGGAUUUCCUGCUGAGUCAAUAGAGGAGGAAUGCAGGGAGAUGGCAGUCUGGCUUCCACCGCCCUCCUUUCCGCAGGGAGCCCUGUCUGUGCUUCAGCCAGAGGAUGCUGCGGCUCGGCGGCGGAGGCCGAAGUCGGCACUGCCUUUUGACUUAUAUGCAUGUUCACAGAGGGAGCUCCGAGGGCUGCGGCCCCCAGGAUCCCAGCCCGCUGCUGGAACGGCUCCGCGGCCCCGGAGGCGCUGGGGACAGCUCGGGAUGUCCUUCCUCUGUAACCGCUAGCCCUCAGAGCCCUCCACCCAGUCCCUCCAUGUCUGUAGCCAGCAAGCAUUUCUCUCAUCAUGAGUUCUGAAUUAAACGUUCCGGUGGAUCCUUCCACUCCUGCUUGCUGCUCUGAACCUGGCACAAAAGGCAUGGAUUAUCGGGACUGGGUGCGGCGCAGCUAUCUGGAGCUGGUCACGUCAAACCACCACUCUGUUCAAGCCCUUUCAUGGAGAAAACUGUACCUGAGCCGAGCCAAACUGAAAGCUUCCAGCAGAACGUCUGCUCUGCUCUCUGGAUUUGCAAUGGUUGCCAUGGUGGAGGUGCAGCUGGAGGUGCAGUACAAGUACCCCCAGAUGCUGCUGAUUGCUUUCAGUGCCUGCACAACAGUGCUGGUUGCAGUUCAUCUCUUUGCCCUUCUCAUCAGCACCUGCAUCCUGCCUAACGUGGAAGCAGUGAGCAACAUCCACAACCUGAACUCCAUCAGCGAGUCCCCACAUGAGCGCAUGCAUCCCUACAUUGAGCUGGCGUGGGGCUUCUCCACUGUCUUGGGGAUCCUCCUUUUCCUUGCAGAAGUCGUGCUUCUGUGCUGGAUAAAAUUCCUGCCUGUGGGCUCCAUCCUGAAAAAUGAGACCACCAACGUCGAGAAGCCCAGCGGCCACGCGGGUUGGCAGUCAGCACUGGUCUCCACCAUCAUCAUGGUCCCAGUGGGUCUGAUUUUUGUUGUCUUCACCAUUCACUUCUACCGCUCUUUGGUGCGGCACAAAACGGAGCGCCACAACCGGGAGAUCGAAGAGCUUCACAAACUGAAAGUGCAGUUAGACGGGCAUGACAGAGGCAUGCAGGUAGUGUGACAGAGAGGCAGAGGUUGCUUCCAGCAAAUCCGCUCAGCUAAGGCUAAGAGCAAAAUACCUGUUUUGCUAGUUGGUGAGACGCACCAGCCAUGGAUUGUCUUGAGGCUUAACUAUGUAAAUGCUAAUUGCCUGCCAUAUAUAGCUGUGGGUUCUAGUGCUGUUUCAGAUACUGGAGUCUCUGGCCUGUUUCUGGUCCUACACACUUGCAUACUUAAGUUGACACUGCCGUGGAGUUAAAGAUCAAAACUUUAUCUACCUUAACAUUGAUUCAGGUAGCCAAAUAUCUGUAUUUUUUUACAAAUGCAAUAUUCUGUUACCAAAAGUAAAACUGCAUCAGCUGUCCAAAAAGCCUGUGUGUGUAGGACCUGUCUUAUGUGUCAGAACUCCCUGGCUGUCAGUGCAGCAGCAGUUAACUGGCAGCUCAUUUCUAGAGCCGAGCUGGUUAAUGUGGUAUCUGCAGCUGACUUGAGGAUAUCCAGGAAAGCACAAUAGAAACCGUGAGCAGUGAUCACCUCUGUUCCAAAGCAAGUAUUCCAUAAAUACAUAACCUGAAAGAAAUCAGCCUUAGCUUUUGUGUUCUUUUCUUGCUAUUCCUAACUAUAUUUUUACAGCUGGGGAGAUGGAAUUUUGAAUUGCAGGAGGAUGGGAAGUUUUGUCAUACUUUCUUCAGCAGCAUCUGUCACUUUAUAUGGAACGAAUGCCAAGAUCACGUGGUUUUUCCCAGUAAGAGGCAAGAGUGCCCAGGGAAGGCUUACAGGUGUCUUAGUUUUAACAAGGACAUUCUUAAAUCAGAACAGUGACAGGGAAGUUAAUGAGACAAAACUUUGAAGGGCUAGAAAAGCAAGUUUCAAGGAGGUAAGAAGUGACAGCAUAUAGCAUAUUGUAGAAAUCUGUCACUAUGUUGCCUUCAUUUAUGUAUUGUUGCGAUGAUUUUUUUGCCUGGUUUGCCAGAGAGAACAAGCCCCAGUCCUAUGUAUUUCAUCAGUAGUUUGUUUUGGUUUUGGCUUUUUUUUGUCAGCUGUAGCAUUUGUCUGUCAAAAAUGAAUGCUUCCUUCUCCCUCCACCAAAGCAGGCAACUCCUCUGAUGGAACCUGGAGCUGUACUGGCGAGUCUGUUGGAGCUGGAUCCAGCGGGAGAGCUCUGUACCGUUAAAGAGCUAUCACAUUUCA